CCUUAGAUUCUUGGGGGAAGGAGGUGGGAGGUUUGCUUUGGCCUUGGAGAGCUCCGGAGAGCAGCUCAAGAGAAGACUGAGAAGCCCUAGGAGCUGCAAGUGGGACGCUGCACUUGAGGGAACAACAUGGCAGUGUUUCUGGAGGCCAAGAAUGCCCAUUCCGUCCUGAAACGGUUUCCUCGCGCCAAUGAGUUCCUGGAGGAGCUGCGCCAGGGCACCAUCGAGCGAGAGUGCAUGGAAGAGAUCUGCAGCUACGAGGAGGUCAAGGAAGUGUUUGAGAACAAAGAGAAAACGAUGGAGUUCUGGAAGGGGUACCCGAAUGCAGUCUACUCUGUCCGCGACCCCUCGCAGAGCUCAGAUGCCAUGUACGUGGUGGUUCCCCUUCUGGGGGUGGCACUGCUGAUCGUCAUCGCCUUGUUCAUCAUCUGGAGGUGCCAGCUGCAGAAGGCAACCCGUCAUCACCCCUCCUACGCUCAGAACCGGUAUCUAGCCAGCCGUGCUGGGCACAGCUUGCCCCGGGUCAUGGUGUACCGGGGCACUGUGCAUAGCCAGGGGGAGUCCAGUGGGCACCGCGAGGCAGGAAGCAGCCCUCAGGUAGUUCUGGGGUCCAACCGGGGAGGCAGAACCACGGUCCGGCUCGAGAGCACUCUCUACCUCCCUGAGCUCUCACUCUCCAGACUGUCCAGUGCCACCCCACCCCCAUCCUAUGAGGAGGUGACUGCACCCCAGGAGAGCAGCAGUGAGGAGGCAAGCAUCUCCUACAGUGACCCACCUCCGAAGUAUGAGGAGAUCGUGGCUGCCAACCCUGGCUCUGACAAGUAGUGGGAUAUGUCCUGCCCUGUGUGAUGGCCUCUUUCAUGGCCUCCGAUUUUCUUUUUAACUUUUUAAAGACUGUGCCACCACAAAACAGCCUUAGCCUCCUUGUUGCCAAAUACUUUUUCAACAUAGGUUUGUGGGAAGUCAGUUGUCAGAGACAGCUGGGGAAGGGGGUGGAUAAGGGACAUGCAUGAUACAAGAGAGUCCCCCAGAUCCCCAGUGUCCUGUCUUCCUUCCAGGAACUGGCUUCUCUUAUGCCAAAGGAAUCACCCCAACUGAGUUGCUUGUGGCCAGAAUGUCCAUAGGCUCAGCCCAGGGCUGUGGGACUGUGGGGUUGUCGGGCUGCAGGGCUGUGGGGCUGUGGGGCUGCGGGGCUGGCUAGAGAACAACGUGAGUCUAGAACCCCGAGCCAUGGUGGGGAGAGAGAAGUCAGCUCAUCAUCAUCCCUCUUCUUCAACAGCUUUGUGUUUUCUGUCCUUGCUUACAUUUGAUAGACAGGGACAGGAUUGGACAAUAAAUAAUGAAAAUAGUACUGACGAAUUGGGAAGUGAUGGCCACAGCACAACACACAGUAGGACCAAGGGGGAUCGAUGACAUAGGCCUCCUCCUAGGCUACUCCCCACUCCUGACCGGGGGACCUGGUAUGUGAGGGUGGGAUGGGGCUGGGUAGCAGACCUGCUCCUCCACAUUGCCCUGGGGGCCUGCAUGAACUUUAUCGUGCCAUCUCUAGCACACACAGUCUCCCCCAGAGCUGGGAUCCCGAGACAUGUGCACCAGCAGUGCCAAAAAUACUACCCACGAGCCUGAGGCCACUCUACCCCUGAGCACUCUGUCAUGGGGAGACCUGAUGCUCUUGAGCCUGCCAUGAAGCCCCUAGCCUCUAAAUGGCUUGCAUACAGGCUGCAACAGAGAGCUGGUUUCCUCCUCAUGAGAUUGAUUAAGCUAUGAGCUGGGCCCCUGGCCCCAUGCUCUGACUUUGAACUUAGGCUUCUUCUCUUUUGGGAAAUAAGUAGUCAAACUAGAAUUUCACAUCAAUGCCUUCCCCUUCAUGAGCAUGCUCACCUGGGUAGAAGGGCCUUAAGUGUCUCUUUUGGAACCUUUCUCUGUGGGGGAGCCCUCAACCUGGGUUGAAGGCUCGUCUGGGGUUCGCUGUGCUUUGGCAGGUGCUGGGCUGUUUUCACGGAGGCUUUGACCUGCCCUUUAACUGGCACUGGCAGUGACUGUGUGAAAAGCACUGUUGAUGCCACCUCCCACACCCCCAUCUUCUUUCGCCUGGCCUUGCCGCCAAACCAUUUUUCCUCUGUGGUGCUUUAAAAGAUGUAGCAGAUUGUUGUGGGGCCAGAAGAGUACACAGCCUGAGUCUACUGGCAACCACAGCAGUUGGAAACCCACUGAGUUGACAAGUUUCUCUCUGUCUAGACAGCCCCCCAAGGCAGACACCAGGACUUAGUCCUUGAAUGCAGCCCUAUCUCGAGGUCAUACAUGGCUUCUGGAGUCCCCUGAUUCCUGGUUACUUGCCCCAGCAUACGUUUUGAGUCAGGAGGUUUGUGUUAUCUCAGCGAGGCCGCCAACCGGGACAGCCCAGCCCUGUGGCUGGGGUUUUCUGUCUUUCCCCUACCUCACAGGUGCACUGGAGGCUGACUGAGUGAAUCAUGCCUGUGGAGUGCUUGAAACACCAGGGAGCUACUGAGAUUUGACCGUAGGAAGAUUCUCCUAGCAAUGUGAAGGCUUAGGGGAGCAGCCUAGCUGAGGCCCUCGUAUGCCUCUGAUGUAUCUCAACCUAGGGAGUUCGUCUCCUGCCAGUUGACCCUUUCUGUCCCCUCUCCUUCCUCCCAGACUCCCUGAUGGCAGAGUUGCUGACCAGGUGACAUUCUACCUUUCCUUCCUUUCUCUUUCCCUCCCCUGGGCCUCUCACAUUGUACUCCUGCCCCUCCUCACAAGGAUUUUUAGCCUAGUAGGCCACUACUUUUCCCAUAAUGGAGGCUUGGACCCAUCCCAUUCCGCCAUCCUGGAGGACCUGGGAAAACCUGAGACUCUGGGCCCAGCCUGGACUGCCACAGUAGUUUCUCGAGCAGGUGCCCAGUGUGAACUGGGAGCAGUGAGAGGCUACUUCCCCCUAUGUGUCUCCUCCCCAGUUACCACAGAGCCAGGCUUGGGCCACACUGUCCAGAACCAAAGUGAAUACCCCCAAAAUGCCCACUGCCUGCAGCAAGUAUGGGGCCCUUCCCUGAUAAGCCCCAAGGUGGGAAGAGCAGGAAGCAGAAGCCUGGGUCAUGGUGGGUGGCCUGUAUUCCUUAUGGCCGAGGAUAGUCAGCUCCUUAAGGCCUGUAGUGUCUGAGUCAGGUGCUUCACAGAGUUUUUCCUUGCGGAGCUGCUUUGUGGUCUCUGGGACAAGGUUUUGCAGCCUAUCGUGGAAAAAAGACUGUACAGUAGACAGUACCGUAGCUCCUCGCGGUGCACACUUGGAUUUUAUGAAUGCCCUGUACAUACCUUUUCAACUCUGUCCUUAAAUGGACGUUAAUUUGAUACAAUGCUAACUCUUCAGUAGUAGUCACAGUUUUGUUGUUUUGCACUUUGUGUGUGUGUGUGUGUGUGUGUGUGUACACGUGUGCACGUUGCCUUUUCUUAUUGCUUAUCUGAAACAAUAGCCGGUGUGCAGCUAUAUUUGUACCAGGAGGGAUCCGGUCUGUCCUGGGGCUGGGCAGCCUGACGACAGGGCCUUGAGCAAGGGAAGUGAGACCAGUUGUCGGAGCCCUCCUCAAGUCACCACCUCUGAGCCUUACAAAAGGCAUUAGGAGAAGACAAAGCAGCUCCGUCCUGUGGGCCUCUGUUCUGGGGGCCCCUACUCCCACGCCCUUUUGGCACGGUGCCCCUGGCCUCAGCUCCUGUUCUGUGGGCGUCAGCAGCUGGAGGAAAUUUGAGCUCUCCUGGGGCUGUUUUUUUUUUUUUUUGGAAAGAUAUUUGACUAUGGACUUUGGGAAUGGAGGGGCUGGUCAUUUAGAUAUUAUUCAUAUCAUUCUUUCUUUCUUUCAAAGAAAAGGAUUUUAAAAUUCCUUGAAAUAUGACUGUCACUUGUCUGUAGCCAAAAACUUUCAGAAACUUUUAAAAACAGGAAUCACACUCCUGUCCCUCCCCUGCUCCCCUUACCUGGGAUUUUCAAAAUGAAAGCACAAAAGAAAGCAUGCAGCAUACAGCUGCCUAGUGUGGGCACACCAGCUCCACAGCCGCGUGCACCCCAUCAGAGCGAGACACAGUGCCUUCGAGCACUCAGACCGGAGGCCAGGACCUGUUCUACUUGCCAGCCCCAAUGCCAUUAGUGUGUAUUCCUUAGGGUGCUUUGAAAAACAGGAACCUGCCUGAGUUGGUGGAUGCUGUCUUUUGGAUAGCUCGAACAUGAGUAAUUCAGAACAGGAAGCCGUGGACCAGAGACCCCCUAUCCCCGGCCAGAGUGGCUCUUUUGACAACCAAAUGACAUCCCAUGAAAAGAAAAAAUGCCAACACCACAGCUCGAUUGUGCUGUGGGCUAAGAGUGAAAUCAUGAAAAGAACCUCUCAGAGCUGAGGCUGUCUUUCUAAGAGCAUCUUGUGUGGACAAAGUCACGUUCAAGACUGAGACAGAGGGGCCUGGCAGUGAAGCCUCUGGCCUGGGCUGCUUUUUUAGCUUGACAAGUAAUGACACUGGGAUGAAGGAUUCUGCAGCUUCAAAAGCAAGCACAUCCUCCCUAUGAACGCCAUUGAUGCUAAUCAGUCUAAUUAGAAAAUGUAAAAGUUCUGUAAUCAGACUGCUUGCAACUGCAGUAAAAGCCCCUUAAUUCGAAGCCCAAUAAUAAAGAAUUUUGAGUAAAUCACAACUUGAGAUCAUUCACAGUAGCUGGGAUUCUUGCUACAUAAAAAUAUUUGAAACAUUCUUCCCCCAGUCAAAUAUCAGGGUCUUCUGUGUAAGAGGAAUCCAGUUUAAAUUGAGUACCUUUUACAAAGAAAAGGCUCAAGACAUUAAGGAUCCCUUCACUGUGCCUUCAGUUUUAGGGUUCAGCAAUUCUCGUCUGUAAGGCUCCUUCUGUCUGUGCAGGGUGGGCUCUUGUUCUCUCUGUCGUGGGAUCUGGCGUAUUGCAGCCUGUUGCGCUACUCCUUUGUUCACCCUAUGAAUAACAGAUUGUGACUAGACUGCAAUUUCAAGUGUGUAUCUUUCUAAAUAUUCUGUGAAGCAGGUGUUUUGCCAUCAUUCACCUCCAAAUAUUCAAACUUUGGGAGGGAGUUUUCCCUUUCACAGGCUGUGGGCAGCAACUCUCUCUCUAGCAAGAAUUUCUCUGACAAAGAUAUUCCAACAGCAAACGCCCUCGGGCUCAAUGCCUCAACAGUUGUUCCACUGUGCUGAGGUCUGACCACAGAGCAGCGCCUGCCCUUCUCCCACCCCCAGCCCCAGCGUUAACAGAUUCAGGACUGGGACAAAUCCGCCAGCUGCUUCUGCGUCCUGAUCAGUCUUCCCUUACUGAUGCCACUUUCCCAGGCCUGAACACACCUGCUUUUUGACUUUGUAAUUGUGAAUUCGUGACAGUGGAAACCCCGGUAUGUGCAACUGAGCUUAUAGAAAUUAUUACUGUGAACCGGGUUCAUUUUGGUACCACUCGUAUUCAUGCAUUGACCCACGUCAGCUGGGAAAUCUGUACAUUGAGCAAUGUCAGUGUCUCACUGGAGCCUGGGGGCGAUGAGCAAACUUGCUUUUGAUUUCUCUAUUGCUCUUCUUACGGCUGUUGAAUUUAGCUGUUAAAUUCUGUCUCCUUCUGUACAAGAAGACAAUGAAUAAUAAUAAAGAGCAAAUGGCAUCCA